UCUCCAUCUCCAUCUCUCUCUCUCUCGCCCUCUCCUCCUACGACGACGACGACGACGAAGACGACGAUGGGAAGCACCGAGGCGGCAGCGGCGGCGGUGGGGGGUGGCGACGAGCUCCGCCAUGUCGAGGACAUGGCGGAUCUCCCCUCGGGCGCGGGGAAGAGCUCCCGCGUCAAAGGCGUGAUCCUCGGGGAGUCGCUCGCCUCCGAGGAGGACGAUCUCGUCUUCCCCAGCCGCGACUUCUCCCAACAAGCCCUCGUCUCCUCCCUCCAACAGUAUCAAGAGAUGUAUAAGCGCUCGAUUGAUGAUCCGGCCGGUUUCUGGUCGGAGAUUGCCUCGGAGUUCCACUGGAAGAAGAAAUGGGAUUCGGAAGUGUAUAGUGAGAAUAUUGAUGUGAGUAAGGGGACCGUAAUGAUCGAGUGGUUCAAAGGAGCUACCACAAACGUAUGCUACAAUGCCGUGGAUCGGAACAUCGAAGCAGGGAAUGGAGGGAAGAUUGCUAUGUAUUGGGAAGGGAACGAGCCGGGGCAGGACGGGCAGUUGACCUAUGCCCAACUGCUGGAUAAAGUUUGCCAGCUGGCCAAUUACUUAAAACAUGUCGGCGUCAGCAAGGGAGAUGCUGUGGUGAUCUACUUGCCUAUGUUGAUGGAGCUGCCAAUUGCCAUGUUGGCAUGUGCACGUAUCGGAGCCAUCCAUUCGGUUGUGUUCGCCGGGUUCUCGGCAGAGUCGCUCGCGCAAAGGAUUAUAGACUGCAAACCCAAAGUUGUGAUAACAUGCAAUGCUGUGCGAAGAGGGGCCAAACCUAUCUUUCUGAAAGAAAUAGUGGACAAUGCUUUGGUGGAAUGUUCCAAGAAUGGAGUUUCUGUAGGCCUUUGUUUGACGUAUGAAAACCAAUUAGCCAUGACAAGAAAAGACACAAAAUGGCAAGAUGGUAGGGACGUUUGGUGGCAGGAUGUUGUCCCGAAUUUCCCGACCACAUGUGAGGUGGAAUGGGUAGAUGCAGAAGAUCCACUGUUCCUUUUGUACACAAGUGGCAGCACUGGGAAGCCAAAGGGUGUUCUUCACACGACUGGGGGAUACAUGAUAUAUACUGCAACAACAUUUAAGUAUGCAUUUGACUACAAACCAUCAGAUAUAUACUGGUGCACUGCUGACUGUGGGUGGAUCACUGGACAUAGCUAUGUUACUUAUGGCCCUCUUCUAAAUGGAGCUACUGUUGUGGUUUUCGAGGGGGCGCCAAACUACCCAGACUCUGGUCGUUGUUGGGAUAUUGUUGAUAAGUACAAGGUGACGAUAUUCUACACUGCUCCAACACUGAUUCGUUCCCUCAUGCGUGACGGCAAUGAGUAUGUUACGCGCUACUCCCGUAAAUCUCUACGUAUUCUAGGAAGUGUAGGGGAGCCCAUCAAUCCUAGUGCAUGGAGGUGGUUCUUUAAUGUUGUCGGAGACUCUCAAUGCCCAAUAUCAGAUACGUGGUGGCAAACGGAGACAGGUGGCUUCAUGAUAACUCCUUUACCUGGUGCUUGGCCGCAGAAGCCUGGCUCUGCCACCUUCCCUUUCUUUGGGGUUCAGCCAGUUAUUGUUGAUGAGAAAGGGAAAGAGAUAGAAGGUGAAUGCAGUGGGUAUCUUUGCAUUAAGAAGUCAUGGCCUGGGGCAUUUCGAACACUUUAUGGUGACCAUGAUAGAUAUGAGACGACAUACUUUAAACCAUUCCCUGGCUAUUAUUUCACUGGUGAUGGUUGCAGCAGGGACAAGGAUGGUUACCAUUGGCUGACUGGAAGAGUUGAUGAUGUUAUCAAUGUCAGUGGGCACCGUAUUGGGACAGCUGAGAUAGAGUCUGCCCUGGUUUCACAUCCCCUGUGUGCCGAAGCUGCAGUGGUUGGUGUUGAGCAUGAGGUCAAAGGUCAGGGAAUAUAUGCAUUUGUCACUUUGGUGGAGGGUGUUCCUUACAGUGAAGAACUGCGGAAAAGCCUUGUAUUAGCAGUUCGCAACCAGAUUGGUGCAUUUGCCGCUCCCGACAAGAUCCACUGGGCACCUGGUCUCCCUAAGACGAGAAGUGGGAAGAUCAUGCGGAGGAUUCUAAGGAAAAUUGCCUCAAAACAGCUGAACGAACUGGGCGAUACAAGCACACUUGCCGAUCCCAGUGUGGUGGACCAGCUAAUUGCACUCAGCGAUUGCUAAUAUCAGACCACGGCAAUUCAAUUCAGGUGUGGACGCAGAGAAAAUUUGUAGAAGUUAUACACAGUGGCAUACAUGUAUUCUUUCCCUGUGCUACAAGACUAGGGCAAUCUAUUAAUACAACAACUGGCAUGUUUAGGUUAUUUAUAGCAUUAUUUUGCGCCACUAUAGGGGAUUCAAUGCUGCAUUUGUGUCUUACGAAUCGUUGGGAAAAUUUAUGUUACAAACUUUAGAAAAUUGUAUGUGGGAUAUGUCAAUUAUUUUGUAGCUUAUGGUUCAAUGAUGAUUCUGUUGGUUGUGUGUUUAAUUUUAA